UGUGAGUCGCCGGGAGACGGGGAGUGGCCUGGUUCGGAUCUCUCCGCUCUCCAUGGAGCCGCCGCCACCGUCCGCGGCCUGGAGCCUCCAUGCUGUGGAGGUGAAAGCAGGACGGAGGGAGCCCUGUGUCCUGAGCCUCUCCCAACGCCACGGGCAGUGCGAGUUGAUUAUCCAUUCACAGGAAAAGGACCCAUCUGACCAGGAUAACAUUCCCAUCAACAGCCGUUUUAGAUGUGUGCAAGAGGCUGAAGAAACUCUGUUGAUUGAUAUAGCGACAAACACUGGCUGCAAGAUCAGAAUACAGGGAGACUGCACACCAGAGCGCCUCUUUGAGAUCCCCGAUGAGGAACGCUGCCUGGGGUUCCUCACCGAAGUGCUGAAUGUACAAGAAGCCCAAUCGAAAGCGCCUUUUCCUGAGCACAGCGAGCCAGCCAGCUGGUAUCAGGUGGAGAAAAACCUCCCAGCUCCUCCUCAGUCAUCUGUUUCAGGGGUUCUAGGCUUUGAAGAUCAUUUCAAUGCCAUAAGUUUGGAGAAGAAAAGAAACUUACAAAACCAGCAAAUGGGAUCUCGCCGGGAGCCCCCGCCCCCUCCUCCUCCUCCGCAAAAUAGGCAGUUUCAUCGAGAGAGGGAAAGUGUGGCCAGAGACCAGCCAAAAGUAACCAACACCAUGCGCAAGCUGUUUGUGCCCAACACGCAGUCUGGGCAAAGAGAGGGUCUCAUCAAACACUUGCUUGCCAAAAGAGAGAAGGAAUACGUCAACAUUCAGAGCUUCAGGUUUUUUGUGGGAACGUGGAAUGUGAACGGCCAGUCUCCGGACAGUGGAUUGGAACCCUGGCUAGUCUGUGACUCAGACCCCCCAGAUGUCUACUGUAUUGGUUUCCAGGAGUUGGACCUCAGCACAGAGGCUUUUUUCUAUUUUGACUCUGUGAAGGAGCAAGAGUGGCUGGCUGCUGUGGAGAAGGCCUUGCACCCCAAGGCGAAGUAUAAGAAAGUGCAGGUGGUCCGUCUGGUUGGGAUGAUGCUGGUUGUGUUUGCCAGGAAGGAUCAACUGAGUUAUAUCACAGAUAUCAUGGCAGAGACUGUGGGGACUGGAAUAAUGGGGAAAAUGGGUAACAAGGGCGGUGUGGCCGUGAGGUUUGUAUUCCACAACACCACCUUCUGCAUCGUCAAUUCCCACCUCGCUGCUCACGUGGAGGACUUUGAGCGACGGAACCAGGAUUACAAGGAUAUCUGUGCCCGGUUAAGCUUCCUGCCCCCUGACCAGGGCCUGCCUCAGCUGAGCAUCAUGAAACACGAUGUUGUCAUCUGGCUGGGAGACCUAAACUACAGGUUGUGCCUCCCUGAUGCCAGUGAGGUGAAAACUCUGAUCAGUAAGAAUGAGCUUCAGAAGCUGUUGACAUAUGACCAGUUGAAUAUUCAGCGGACUCAUAAGAAAGCUUUUGCUGAUUUCACAGAGGGAGAAAUUAAAUUCAUCCCCACGUACAAAUUUGACUCUAAAACAGACCGCUGGGAUUCCAGCGGGAAGUGUCGUGUGCCAGCCUGGUGCGAUCGAAUCCUCUGGAGAGGGGGGAACAUUAAUCAGCUGCGGUACCGCAGUCACAUGGACCUGAAAACCAGCGACCACAAGCCAGUCAGCUCGCUGUUCCUUAUUGGGGUGAAGAUUGUGGAUGAGCAGAGGUACCGGAGGUUGUUUGAGGAUAUUGUUCGCAUGAUGGACAGAAUGGAGAAUGACUUCCUUCCUUCACUGGAGCUUAGCCGGAGAGAGUUUGUGUUUGAGAAGGUGAAGUUCCGGCAGCUACAGAAGGAGAAGUUCCAGAUCACCAACAACGGGCAGGUCACCUGUCACUUCUCCUUCAUCCCCAAACUCAAUGAUAGCCAGUACUGUAAACCAUGGCUUCGGGCCGAGCCCUGUGAGGGGUAUCUGGAGCCGAAUGAGACUGUGGACAUCUCACUGGAUGUGUAUGUCAGUAAGGACUCUGUGACCCUCCUAAAUUCGGGUGAGGACAGAAUUGAGGAUAUCCUUGUCCUUCACCUGGACCGAGGCAAGGAUUACUUCCUCACCAUCAGUGGGAGCUACCUGCCCAGCUGCUUCGGCACCUCCCUGGAGGCUCUGUGCCGAAUGAGACGACCAAUCCGCGAAGUUCCUGUCACCAAACUUGUCGAUCUGGGAGAAGACAGCUUCCUAGAGAAGGAGAAAUCACUUUUGCAGAUGGGCCCCUCUGACAGCGAGGAUGCCAGCGAGAGACCCCUGCAGGUGCCCAAGGAGAUCUGGCUACUGGUGGACCACCUGUUCAGGCACGCUUGCCACCAGGAGGACCUGUUCCAGACGCCUGGCAUGCAGGACGAGCUGCAGCAGAUCAUCGACUGCCUGGACACCAGUAUCCCCGAGACAAUCCCGGGCAGCAACCACUCGGUGGCUGAGGCACUCCUCAUCUUCCUGGAGGCUCUGCCGGAGCCAGUCAUUUGUUACGAGCUGUAUCAGCGAUGCCUGGACUGUUCCCACGACAGUCGGCUGUGUCGACAGGUGAUUUCUCACCUGCCCCGGUGUCACCGCAACGUGUUCCGCUACCUGAUGGCGUUCCUGCGGGAGCUCCUGAAAUACUCGGAGGACAACAAUGUCAGUGCCAAUAUGAUUGCCACUCUGUUCACCAGCCUCCUUCUGCGUCCUCCACCCAACCUGAUGUCAAAACAGACUCCACAAGACCGCCAGCGUGCCAUCAGCUUCCUCCUCGGCUUCCUGCUCGGGGGGGACGAGGAGUGACCUCCCUGCCCCCGAUGCGUGGGACCUACUGCCUGUGGUUUGGUGGGGGCCAGGCCCACCCCAUAGCCCUGGAGGUGGGGGGGGGGGGGGAGUCGCUAAGCUAUGCUACAGGUUGUGUUUAUCAUCAGAAAGGAAGUGGCCUCCCGUUCUUCGACCCUGCUGUACUUACACUGCAGAGGACUUGUACACUCAUCACACUGCCACCCAAGCCAGAGCCCUCCACGGGAGGGGGGCUGUGCGUGAGCCUAGCUCUCUGGGGAUGUGCUGGUUCAUUCCCCAGCAUCCUUUCCCUGCCAGUGGAGUUAUUUAUGGGAAGGGCAGACCAGGAGCUCCCUGAGGGCCUGGAGGUUGGCCACGGUGUCCCCUGGCUGGACUCUGCUGCUCUGUGUGUAUAUGUAUGUGCACACACUGACACCUGUGUGUCUUGCCAGCUGUGCAAAGGGGCUUCCCUGAGUGUGCAUCCCUUGUCUUGGACCCGGUGUGUGCCAGCAGCAGCACUGAAAGGGUUAAUCAGUCCUUUGGCCUCUCCAGUCCCUUCAGCGCUGCAUAGCCUUUCCUUUCUGCUCUGUGGUUUGUGUGAUGCGGCCCCUGCAUUGUUCACCCUGCCCCUCCCCGAAGCAGGGUAGCUUUACUCUGGCUUGUUGGCACCUGGCCCAGUGCUGGGGCAGUGAGCAGGGGGGCCCUGGCCUGGCUUCUGGGGUGCCAGUGGGGUUGCUGGUGGAAUAAUGGGGUGAUGGUGCAGCCUCACUGGGGAAGGCUGCAGGGAAGGGGGGGAGGCAUCUGCGUAGUUGGGAUGGGGGGACAGUUUAGUCUCCUGCGAGAGCGGGGCGAGGGCUCAGCCUCCGGGGGGUGGGCUGGGGUAGCUCAGUGGGGCUGUGUGGGCAUUUGGCAGGGCUUCCACUUCUCUGGCAGGUCAAUGCUGCAGCUAGUGGCUGCGGCAACCCUACACCUCCUCCACGCUCGCCCAUGGUACGCUCCAGCCCUCCGCUGUCAGCCACCAAGGAGGGGAUCAUCCUUCCUGUGUGCGGUGCUGGUUGGGUCCCCCCCCCAGCCCUGUGCUUUCUGCUACAGCUGAGCCCAGCACCUUGCUCCUGCCUCUGCAUGCUGGGCCCACUGCUGUCAGUGCAGAGCCCUUGCCCUGCUCUCCAAGGGGAUGGAAGAUCCCAGGCUCUUUGGCACUUGUUCCCCUUUAUGUGCUGAUGUUCACCUAAAGCUGAGCCCUGGGAGGGGAGGGGGGAUGUGCCCUGCCUACUGCCUGGGGAAGAGACUAGUUGGGGGCCUACAUCAUUCACCCCUCUGCUGCUCCGUUUCUCCUGGGGCAGGGAGGAAGAGCUGAAAUCCUGGGGGGGGGGGGGGGUGCUGCUGCUCCCAGUACCAGUGCUGGUGGGGUUCUCCGAGCUGUGUGCCUCCUGUCUGUGUCUGAGGCUGGGGAGGGGUGCAUGCGGGAGGGGGUCACCAGAACACUAAGACUUACCAGCUUUGGCCACAGGCCCAGCCCGGGCAGCUCCAGCACCAGGAGCUGAGGUGUGGGCUGGAGCCACAGGAGAAAGAAACCUCAGGGCCCAGGGAACUCAGUAGUUUGUGGGGAGGGAAUGGGUCCUGGUCAGCAGCAGGCCCUGGGGAUUCAGUGUCUAUGGUAAGUGUCUGGAGGAAGAUCCUACCCCCCUGCCCACACACACAAUGCCAGGAUAGGGGAAGGCCCAUAUUUCCAGCCCCCCAAGAGAGGGCUCUGCACUCAGGCUGUCCCGUGGGGCUCUCCCCUCUGUUUCCUGUGCUGCUCUGUGCGUUGUCCUGUUGCUCGGGGCUCCUGUACCUUGGGCUGUUUCUUUUUUAUUACAUAAUUUAUUAGAAAACUCUUUAUUCCAAAUAAACCCAUUGUGCAAUGA